AACCGUCUCAUCACCGUCCUGACGCAUGGGCGGUUAUGUUGACUUCGAGACAAGAUCGCUGCGGGGGCGAACACGAUGCUUGCUCUACUAAUCAAUCCCAAACCACCAUCCCGAUUGUGUCCACACUAUCCGUAGGCCCUCACUGCAGAUAUCCCCCCCGGGCGUUACCAUAUUGCUGGGAUUUGCAGUUAUUCCUACCUUUGUUGGCCCUGGCGGUCUGGUUAGUGAUGUGUACAUAUGGGCCUAGCGAUACGAGGUUGGAAGCGAUGGGAUGGGAUGGGACAGGAUGGGUGCCUAUAUCGGCACAGUUAACCCGUUGACCGUCCACUGUUGUGCCUUUCUUCCUGUUACCCCCCUUCCUACACCCCUUCCGCCCAUUAUUCCACGUUUUGUUCUGGGAACCCAUAACUUGUCGGCGGUCCUACAGCUUUCACGCGACCAUGUUACGGCUACUCCUCGGUCCUGCGAUGGCGGCUGCGAUGGUGAUGGGUGCGGCCACGGGCAGAAGGAACGCGGACGGUGGGGUGCUGAAGCCGAGGGGAUACGAGAAUAACGAUCCGAAAACCGACAUGUGCGAGAUCGGAUUCCAUGCGAGCGCUGUGCUGGACAAUAAACUGUGGAUACAUGGAGGAUAUGUUGGCUACGACAAUGGAACGCAGACGGCUGCGCCGAAUAACUACCUUCGAGAGAUAGACAUCACCAAGAAGUUCAAAGUGGCCUCGAGAGACGAGGCGCCUGUCAAGUUCCUUUUGCAGCGCGACGAGCUGCCGGAGAUAUCUGCGGCGGUGCUAUGGGGCUAUGGCAAUUCUCUGCUAGAGCUUGUGGGCCAGUCGGAAGAGGCAGAUAAGAAUUUCCCCGGCUGGAACGCGCCCACAGAUGAUACAAUGUGGGAAUACGACCUUCCGAGCGCCGUGUGGUCGUCUAAAGAUAUCAAAUCCCCAGGCGUAAAAACGACCUGGCAUCCCCUAGACGUUAAUGUCCCAUCACUCGGGAAGGGGUUUUACCUGGGAAAUGAUGCGAUGAGCAGCUACAACUGGGCGGAUGAUACUUGGAUCAACGCCUCUACGCCGUGGUCCGAGCGGGAUUGGGGGAGGAUGGUACAUCUGCCAAUCGGGGACCGCGGACUGCUGGUAACCAUCGGCGGCAAGACCAGUGGCGGCAACACACCAGACGGGAACUUGUUUUCAAACAUCGACAUCUUCAACCUCAACGAAGCCGGCACCCAGAACUCGCCCGAAGGCGUUUGGGCGUCGACGCAGACUGCAACCGCCGCAAAUUCCACGAUCGGCCUACCCGUACCUCGCACGGGAGCCUGCAACUGGGUCGUGGCCGCCCCGGAUAACUCCACCUUCCAGAUCUUCAUGUACAGCGGAGCGCGGAUCGACGGCUCGUACAAAAUAUUGCGUGAUCUCUGGGUGCUCUCGAUACCCUCGUUCCAGUGGAUCCAGAUCGAUGAUGGAACAGUGGGGCCCAGGGAACCCGACACGACACACCCGCUGGGACGCGAGGGCCACACGUGCAACCUUAUCGAGAACAGCAUGAUGAUCAUGUUCGGUGGGCGUGAGCUGCCGAAUUUUAGCCGCCCCUGUGAGACAACCGCCAUCUACGCGUACGAUCUGAACAAGCUGUCUUGGGUCGAGACCUUUGAUCCAGAGGUGGCUGCGCAGCCAUAUAACGUCUCGAAGGCUGUAUACAGCGUUAUUGGCGGGGAUGCUCUGGGAUCCGGAUCAUCAUCGCAGAUGGCAAAGAUCAACGACCCCUCCCUACAGACCGCAUUCGAGAAGCACCUUGCCACAGCCGUCAAAACUCCCGACGAGAUCGCCGCUUCAAACCCGAGCGGAACCGGCAGCAGCAGCAGCGGUACCGGUAGCAACAAUAGUGAUAGCUCCAGCAGUUCAAACACCGCGCCGAUUGUCGGCGGAGUGAUUGGUGGCGUAGUAGCCGUGGCCGGAAUCGUCACGGCGGUACUCUUGUUCCGGAGACGCAGCAGGAAGGCAAAGGAGCAGUACAGUACUGACAAUAGGAAUCUUUACACCACGGACUAUGAUGGUGCCCAGCAAUAUCAGCAACAAAUGAUACACCAGCAAUACCAACCAACGCACUCACAGCGAGCGCCAUCACCGCCCGUAGAGCUACCAACAGAGCAAUCGCGGCCAACAGAGCUCCCAGUAGAGCAACCAUAUAAUCACCGAUAGAGCACGCGGGCAUCUUUUGUUUCACAUAUCGGGUUCGCGAAGGGAAGGGUGAAGUUGUAGGCCUCCGGAACGGUCGUAGUACAAUAGUUACCAUUCAUUGUAGAAAUUACCUAAUGCUUAUAGUUGGAGUAUGUGUUUAUUUCCUGUUUCUGGGAGAUAUCUGGAGUUUUGUAUAUUAGGGCAUACCGGCGAUGCUUGGGAGCGCGAGCGGGAGAGGGAGACGUCGGGAAAUCACGUUCAAUCGAAAGUCUUCCAUCCAUCCAUUAGAACAGGCGACGAGCGGAAGCUACAUACGAACGAGC